AGCUGCCUUCGGCCCACCGCCACCACCCUACCAUUUAAAAAACCUCUUCUGUUCAGUCGCUUCUGCUACAACACAACUCUUUACCCAGAUCGUACCCCAGGCAUUGAUAGCAACCAUGGGCAACGACACCAACACCGACAAGGGCCCUAAGACCCCAGUCACUCCCAUGCCAGUUGAUCCAGAUGCAGUCACGACCAGCUCUCUACAAGCUCUUCAGUCGGCGGACCAGCGUAGGGUCAUGGACAUUGUGGACAAGCUUCGCCGCACCGGUUUAAGCGGAGUUGUGGAACUGCCUCAGCUAAUUGUCUGUGGUGACCAGUCAUCUGGCAAAAGUUCAGUGCUUGAGGCGAUCACUGAGAUUCCGUUUCCUCGCAAGGAGAAUCUCUGCACGCGGUUUACCACUGAGAUCAUCCUUCGCCGCUCCCCAGCUUCGACGAGUACUGUCACAAUCACUCCUGACAAGCUUCGCCCAGAGUCUGAACAAGCUAAACUCAAGGGGUUUACUAAGUCUAUCCAGAACUUUGAUCAGCUCCCAGAUGUGAUUGAAGAAGCGACUCUUGCCAUGGGCCUAGGCGUUGUGGGUGGUAUCAGCUCCAGGGCAUUUUCUCGCGAUGUGCUGUCUGUUGAGAUUACAGGUCCUAGUAGGCCUCAGCUGACUCUUGUUGAUCUUCCUGGUCUUAUCCAUGCGACAAACAAGGCCCAGACGGAAGCAGACAAAGAGCUGAUUCUAGAUCUUGUCAGCCAGUACAUGAAAAACCCACGGACCAUCAUCCUGGCUGUAGUGAGUGCAAAGAACGAUUUCGCAAACCAAAUCAUCCUCGACCAUUGCCGCAAGAUUGACGAGCAAGGCCGCCGCACUCUCGGCAUCAUCACCAAACCCGACUUUCUUCGUGAGGGCACCGACAACGAGUUGAGCUGGAUCGAACUUGCACAGAACAAAGACAUCUAUCUCGAACGUGGCUGGCACAUGUUGAAGAACCGUGCCGACAACCAGAUGAACUUCUCAUUUGACCAGCGCAACAAAGAUGAGGCUCUGUUCUUCAGCAAAGGUCGCUAUGCCGAACUACCUCGCGAAUGCGUAGGCAUCACGUCUCUCCGCGAGCGUCUCAGCAAAGUCCUGCUGCACCAUCUAAUCCGAGAGCUACCAUCACUCAAGGAAGAAAUGGUGACCAAGUACCGCGCCACCCUCGACGAAAUUUCGAAUCUUGGGGAGAAACGCAACACCAGCCACGAACAACGCGUGUUCCUCAUGAAAAUCAGCAUGAAAGUAAACGACAUCCUGAAAUCCGCUACAAAGGGGUACUACGAAUCGCCCUUCUUCGGCACCAUCAACAAAGACGCCGCCGUCGACUCUGCAGAAAACAUCCGUAGGUUCCGCGCCGUGGUCCAGCACCUCAACAUGGGCUUCGCAAAGGACAUGCGGCUUCGCGGCCACCGGUACAACUUCGAAGCCGGCCCCGGCGACGACGAGCGGGAUUGCAAGGAGAGUCUCGAUGCCCAAAGGGAACUCGAGCGCGAACUCAAACAAGAAAAGGACGGCACGAAAUACCUUCCUGUGCCGCAGAAACUGAGCCGCGCAGAAGCAGUCGAAUGGGUGAAAAAGACACUCGAGCGCUCCCGCGGCUACGAACUCCCUGGUACCUUCCAACCGGUCCUGAUAUCCCAGCUUUUCUGGGAGCAAUCCUUGCCCUGGGAGGAUCUCGCAUCGCUGCACAUAGCCAAGGUAGCGCAAGUGUGCCGCGACUUCAUCGACGUGGUACUAGCAGAUUGUGUCCCGGAAGAGUUCAAAGAGCGGCUUGUAGCGUUAACUGUAGAUGCAGCGCUGAGCAAGUCGCUAGGGGAUGCGAAGGAGGAGCUGGCCAAGGUGCUGAAGGACAAGGCGAGGCAUCCGUCGACGUAUAAUCAUUAUUUUACGUCGAAGGUUCAGAAGAUGCGGUUGAGGAAGCAUCAAGCGCUUACCAAGGCUGCUACGUCUGCGGCGAAAAAGCAAGAGGGUGAGAAGGAGGAGCAGCGUACGGUUAUUGAUCCGAUUGAGUUGGCGGCGCAGCUGGAUCGGUCGAUUGAGUUGGAUAUGGAUACGUUUUCUAGUCAGGAGGCAUUGGAUAUGCAGCGGGCGUAUUACAAGGAUGAGUUGGGUUACUUCAUCAAUGCUGUCGCGAAGGCGGUGAUUGAGCGGCAUUUGGUGGAGCCGCUGCCUGAGAUUAUCCUCUCUCCGCUGGUAGUUGCGCAGAUGACGGAUGAACAGGUCGAGUAUGUUGCUGCUGAGCCUCUCGAGUUGACGCAGCAGAGGGCUCAUCUGGAGGCGAGGAAGGCCAUGCUGGAGAAGGGUCUAGAGACGUUUCGAGGGGCCAUGGGCGGCGUGAAGCGCUAA